GGAUGUAGGGCACAUAGGACGAUGAUUUGGAACUCGUAUAAAGAGAAAACGCCCACUUCAGAGAGCUAUCAGAUGAUAAGCAGCUAACACGAAGCCAUUAUUAAGGAAGGAUGCAAGCCGGGCUGGAGAGGGAGAUGGUUACAGGCACAGAGCCGGGCAUAGCUGAGCUCUGUACCCGGGUGAAGGAGGAGCAGGUGGAGCAGCGUAUCUCCGAGGAACCGCUCAUGGUGGUGAAGAAGGAGGAGGACAGAGACGCCGGAGAACCGGGUACAUAUGAGCGGUGUGAUGUAGGAUGUCAGCCGGAGGUCAGCAUGUUCGAGCCGGUGGAGUUCACCCAGGAACCGACCUGGCCUAACGCUCCGGUACAGGAAGUAAAACCUCCUGAUUCUCCACCGAGGAGAAGGAGACGCAGGAGGAGAAACAGGAACCAGAGAUCGAGUUGCCAAGUGGAUCCUGCAGCAGCAAUGGGGAUGAGAACGAUCGACGAAAGCGACGAAACGGACGAGUCCAACGACCACACCCCUCCAGAAAAAUGUGCUAAGUCGUCGUUCUGGGACUUCCCCUCGCACCAGACGUCCCGCUCGAAGGUCUGGGAUCACUUUGAAUAUUUUAUAAACCCCGACGGCGAGCUGGAGGAUUACGGGUUCCCCACCUGCAAGCUGUGCCAACGGAAAGUGGCGUGUAAGAGGGGAAACACGUCCAACAUGCUGAGACACCUGCAGGAGAACCACUCCAUCGCCUACUGGGAGGCCAAGAAGGCAGAUACCAACUGGCUCGACUUCGACUCCUCCGAUUCGGAGAUGAAGAUGGAGCUGGACGAGCAGAACCUGUCGAGCGCAGAGAAUCCGAGCGAGGAGGAACUCUACGCCGAUGACGAUGCCGAUUACACGGGCCGCGGGGGCUCGGGGACCCCGAGACGGAGGAGGAGGAGGCGGCAGGUCCGCUCGGCCGUGUGGAAUUACUUUCACUACGACGACGGCGACGUGAGCGACCCGGACAGACGACCGAGCUGUAAAAUCUGUGGCUGGAAACUCACUGCCGGAUCGUCGGGCAGCACCAGCAACAUGCGCCAACAUCUUCAGAGUCACCAUAAGAUCGUCUGCCCGCUGACCAAGUCUGGCGUGUCCACUGGUGUUGUUGUAACGACACCUGAAGGGGACGAUCCGAUUAAACUGUACCCGCCCACCUCUCCUCGUAAAUCGCCGGUCUGGAGGCUGUUCGGUUUCCUCAUGAACGCGGAGGGUGUCGUAGAGGAGAACAGCUUCCCCGUCUGCAGGCUGUGCCAUCAGGUGGUGGCAUCUAAAGAUGGAAAUACGUCCAACAUGUACAGCCACCUGCAGCACCACCACCGGGCCGUGUACACAGAACUGAAGCAUACAAGCCCCGCCGGACCGGAGAAGAGACCGGAGGUCGCCGAAUCCAUCGAGCUCCAUCCUCCUCAGAAACGCCGGAAUUCGCCCGUGUGGAAACAUUUCGGGUUCAUCAGGAGCACUGAGGGUGAACUGAGGGAGGACGGGUUCCCGCUGUGUAAGCUGUGCUGCCGGAGAGUGGCGGCGAGAGACGGCACCACGUCCAACAUGCUGAACCACCUGCGCAGGCACCACCAGGCCGAGCACGAUGAAGUCAAGUUAGCGACUGACGCGCUGUCUUUGAGUCACUCGGAGGAAGGAAACGACCUGCCCGAGCUCUUCCCCCCCAGCAGACUGCCCCUCUCCCCGGUGUGGGAUUAUUUCGGCUACCCUAAAAACGCGGCCGGGGUGACCCAGGAGAACGAGCGGCCCAAGUGCAAAGCGUGCCGGCAGCCCAUCGUCUCCAAACAGGGCAUCUUGUCCAACAUGUUACGCCACCUCAAGUUCUACCACGAUUCCUUAUUCCAGGAGCUGAAGGGCAGAACCGGGCACCGCAGGUACAGGCCGUACAAGGAGCGGAGCCGGGCCCCGCCCGUUCAGGCCGACCCGGAGGAGCUCUACCCGCCCAAGACGGCUCUGAGGUCGGGCGCUUGGAGACAUUUCGGGUACCUGAAGAACUCGAAGGGGGCGGUGGUGCCCGACGGCUUCCCGGUGUGUAAGCUCUGUCUGAGGAAGGUCAGCACGCCGCGAGGAUGCACCACCAACAUGAUGGUGCACCUGCAGAGAUACCACACCACCGAGUUUGCAGAAAUGAAGCUCUCCAGCGACGACACCGAUGACCCGGCCCCCAGGCAACCGGAGGAAGACGCGGCAUCAUCUCCGUCGGACCUGUUCCCACCCCAGGACCUGCUCGAACCCGUGUGGGAGCAUUUCGGAUACCCCAGGGACGCGGACGGGAACGUACAGGUGGACGGGCAGCCGACGUGUAAGCUCUGCUGGACUAAAGUCCACUGCCCCGGCGAGAGCUCCAAAUUUCUGUACAGACACCUGUGGAAGAAGCACAACCCCGUGUACGCCGAAAUCAAGGUGGCCACCACCGCUCUGAGAGGGGAGGAGGAAGGGGUCGACGUGCCAGCUCUCUUUCCACCCACACACAGGGUGAAAUCUGCCGCUUGGGAAUAUUUCGGGUAUUUGAAGGACGCGGAGGGAGCGGUGGUGUGCGACGGCUUUCCCAUCUGUAAAAUCUGCCAUCUGAACAUCGCUGCCAAAGGAGGGAACACCACCAACAUGUUCAAACAUCUCAAAGAUCAUCAUAAAGCCGUCUACGAUGAGAUCAGGCCGACCGGCCCAGAAGAAUUCCUUCCAGAUCUCGUCGCAUCUCCGACGCUCCACGCACCAUCAGGUCAGGACUCCAACGUCUGGGAUUAUUUCGGAUACCCCGUAAGUCCAGACGAGGUCCUGAUGGACGACGGCAACCCGACCUGUAAGAUCUGCGGCCAGCCUGUGACGUCCAGUGGCGACACCACAGCCGGCAUGAUGAAACAUCUUCUGGAGAAUCACGAAGCCGUCCACGCCGAAUUGCUCGUGGCCCUAAACUCCUCGCGAUCCGAACACCACGUGGACUCUCCAGAACUCUUCCCACCGACACAGAACACCGUAUAUCCAGUCUGGGGAUACUUCGGCUUCACGAAGGACGAGGGAGGUUCGGUGGUUUACGACGGAUUCCCCGUCUGCAAAAUCUGUCGGCAAAGAGUGGAGAUGAAAGACGGAGACACGGCGAACAUGUUCCAGCACCUCAAAGCCAAUCAUCUGAACGUCUACCAACAGAUCAAGCCGGCGGUCGAACGGAGAGUGUACCAGCCGUUCGAGCUCUCCCCUCCCAGCGGCCGUCAGAUCGACGUCAGGUUAUGGGAACACUUCGGGUAUCCUAAAAACACAGACGGAGAGCUCGAGGAUGACGGUGCGCCGGUUUGUAAAAUCUGCCUUCAGAAACUCGCUCCGACCCCCAAGGGUGGAAACCUCACCACCAACAUGCUGAGACACCUGAGAAGAAACCACCAGUCCGUCUACGAUCAGGUCCAGGAGGCCAUCGGCGCGUGGAGACCCGAGUGGCGCGGCGAAACCCUGGACCUUUUCCCGCCCACGCAAAACGUCACCUCCCAAGUGUGGGACUAUUUCGGCUACCUGAAGGACGCGGAGGGGACGGUGGUGUGCGACGGCUUCCCCGUCUGUAAGAUCUGCCGGCAGAAAGUGCCGUCUAAAGGAGGAAACACCACCAACAUGUUCAAACACCUCAAAGACAGCCAUCGGAGCGACUACGUCCAGAUCAGAUCUGCCGUGACCAGCGAGAGAUUCGGCCGCUUGGCCGGCGACCUCCACCCACCCAGCGGUCAGCACGACGCCGCGCUCUGGGAGCAUUUCGGGUAUCAUAGAAACGCAGACGGGGUUCUUGAGGAGGACGGAGCGCCCUUUUGUCGACUCUGUCUUCGGAAGCUUGUGUCACGGGGGGAGACGACCAGAAACAUGAAGCAGCACCUCAAGGAGAACCACCGCACCGCCUACACCGAACCCGAGGAGGUGCUCGGGUCCUUCGUCCUGGAGCUCGACGCCGACACGUCGAACCUCUUUCCACCGACGCACAAGGUCAAGUCGGCCGUGUGGAAGUUUUUCGGCUACCCGAGGGACGGCGCCGGGCUGGUGAUGUCCGACGGCUUCCCCAUCUGCAAGCUCUGCCAGAAGAAAGUCUCUGCGAAGGGAGGAAACACCACCAACAUGUUCACCCACCUCAGAGAUUACCACCGCACCACGUACAACGAAAUCAAGGCGUCCUUCAUUCCUCCAAGAGCAGAAAAUGAAAUCGAACCCCUGGAGCUUCAUCUUCCGACGUCGGACGGCCUGUCUCCCGUGUGGAAGUAUUUCGGAUACCCGAAAGAUCCAGAUGGGAAUCUGGUGUCCGACGGCUACCCCGUGUGCAAGCUCUGCCAGCAGAAAGUGAUCGCUAAGGGAGGAAGCACCACCUACAUGAUGAUGCACCUCAGAGCGUACCACCUGGACGUGUACAAAGAGGUCAAGCCGGCUAUUGCGAAAAAAUCCAUCUACAGACCGAUGGAGCUGCAGCCACCGCCCGGUCAGGGCGAAAUCAAGUUGUGGGAUCAUUUCGGAUAUCCUAACGGUCCAGACGGGGAACUUCUAGACGACGGCGCCCCGAUCUGUAAGAUCUGCCUGCGGAAACUCAUCAAAUCCCCAACCGGAGGGACGCCCACCACCAACAUGCUCAAGCACCUGCGUAAAAAACACCAGCUGGUCUUUAACGAAGUCCAGGAAGCGAUCGCCACGCUGAGAACCGAGUGGGGCAUCGAACCUCCCGAACUCCAUCCACCGACGCAGAACGUCACGUCUGCGGUGUGGCAGUAUUUCGGCUACCUGAAGGACGCGGGAGGUUCGGUGGUGUGUGACGAUUUUCCCAUUUGCAAACUGUGCCAACAGAAAGUGGCCUCCAAGCGGCGCUGCACCACCAACAUGUUCAAACACCUGAAAGAUUACCACCGGCACGUCUACGACGAGGUCCGGUGUGCAGUCACCAGUCAGACGUUUGAAGACGCUUUCCUGCCCACCGAUCUCCACCCCCCCAGCGGUCAGCACAACCCCAAACUAUGGGAAUAUUUCGGAUAUCGGAAAACAGAAGCAGGGGUCCUGGAGGAGGACGGCGCCCCCAUGUGUAAACUCUGCCUCCGAAAACUGAUUUCUAAAGGAGAGACGACGGCAAACAUGAUGCAGCACCUGAAGGAGAACCAUAACCAGGUCUACACCGACGUCCAGAGGGAAGUGAAUCCGUUCACUAUCAGAGGAGCUACCGAGCUGCCCGAGCUGUACCCCCCGGAGCACAGGGUGAGGUCGGACGUUUGGAAGUAUUUCGGGUAUCUGAGGGACACCGAGGGUCCUGCGGACUGCACCGGCUGCCCCAUCUGCAAGAUCUGCCUCUGUAAGGUGUCUAAUAAAGGAAAAGUCACGGCGAACAUGACCGCCCAUCUGAAAGAUCAUCACAGGAGCAUGUACGAGGAUCUCAAGAUCCCAGACCGGAGGCCGAAGGCGGUGAACGCGGACAAUCUUCCGGAGCUCUUUCCUCCCCCUAAACAGCCUCUCUCCCCCAUAUGGGAACAUUUCGGAGUCCCGAAAAAUGCAGACGGGGUUAUAGAGGAGGACGCGUGUCCCGUCUGCAAGAUCUGUGGCAAAAAGGUGUCGAGUCAGGACGGGAGGAAAAUGCUGCGGCACCUUCAUUUCUGCCAUUUCACCGUGUACGAAGAGAUGAAGAACGCAAACAGAGCGUCAAAGUUGGGACUCGAGGCUGGAGGUCAGGCCAGCGAACUUCACCCUCCGUCUAAAAACGUUCGCUCCUCAGUCUGGGAAUAUUUCGGAUACCUGAAGGGUCCGGACGGCAUCGUUAACGUGGACGGCCGUCCCAUCUGCAAAAUGUGCUUCCAAAAAGUCUCUAGCCACGGAGGAAACACCACCAACAUGUUCAAGCACCUGGAGGAUAAACACGGUUUCAGUCAGUAGUGAACGAUCAAUUCGGACCUGUUCCGGACAUCAGAAGUAGACUUUCGGUUCAUCGUUGCCUUUUUUUUUUUCCGGUCCUGAAGGAUUAUGAGACUCCAAGAACAGCCACUGCCUUCAAACUUUGAUUAUUUGCUUGAUUUUAAAUCACUACAUUGGCUAGUUUUUAUUUCCAGAGGUAAUCUAGUCGAGCUAAUCAUGUGUUCUGUCUGAUUAAAGGUGCUAUUAGUACUGUGAGCUGAAAUCGAAUGUAAAAGCUGAGAAGUGGUUUAAUGUAAUGGAGUUGGUUUGGUUCCAGUAAAAGCUCUCUUUGGAUCGUUCA